UCUCCUCGUUGCUGUUCCUAGCUUGGGAAACAUUUUCUACCAUGGCCUCCAGAACUGGGAAGACUCGGUCUGAUAUUUCAGUCAUGAAAACUUCAGACGAUGGCACUUUCAAAUGCGCUCCCUUGUCUUUCCGAAAUGUUAUCGAAAAAGUAUAUAUUGAGCAACAUCGUGCAGAUCGCUACCAUUCCUAUGCAUGUCCCUGGCAACCCGAACCUUGAUCG